AUGGACGAGUUUUAUAUCCACGUACAACCUCAUAGCCGCUACAGCAUCUUUGACGCAGCGGAGCAGCUACCAUUCAGUGUUGUCUUUGGCAUUUGCCGUAUUUCCAAAUCCGAUACUGAUCCCCGGUCAAUACUCAUCGACACGGCGGGCACGGUGUUCGAUGUACCGUACGCCCUAGCACGUGGCUUGCUCACUCUAUAUGAAGAGAAUCCUGGGGGAGCUACAAAAUGGACAGAGGUAGAAGUAAGUGGAAUGGGGAAUGUCCGUAUGGGUGAUUCAAAAUGCAUUUCUGUUCCUUCUCCCAUCCACCGUACAAAGAACUGGAAGGAUGACCUGACGGUGUAUAUGUGUCGCAUCACCCUCGAGGGUGGGCUGGCAUCAAUUUUGAAGGUAGGGAAGAGAUACAGAAUAAAGGUUACGGGCAAAGAUCUGGGCGUCAGCAAGUGGGCGUACAGCGACCAAGAGCGAUUUCCAGAGAAUCAUGACGAACUAGCAAGGUUGGUCAACAGCUACUCUCGCGGUCAUGCAACAUUUAAAGUUGUGAACAACAUAUUAUUUCCACCAAGAUUAGAGACGAGAAUGCGCCUUGUUCAAGGAACUUCAUUGGAAGUUACGGUUGAAAAUACCGCUGCAGAAACCAUCACUGUGCAGCCUCGAGGCCACCAGAAUUUCGUCGUUCCAUGGGGUCCAAUGGAGCCAGAGCCGGGUUGGCUGGAUGAUAGACCAAGAAUCAUCGACUCCUCGGUACAGGAUCACGCUCCCACAUCCAGCCUUGUGGUUCUGGACGCUGCGACGGGAGAAGUUGUUCGCGGGCAAGGAAAUACCAGCAUAUGUCACUUGAGAAGCUCUACCGCCGAGUUACGACCCAGGGUGAAUGAUUUGAUAACUCUGGAGCCUCAAAAACCUGUUGCCAACGUGGUCCAAAUCGACAGAAAGGUCAAAGGACUGCAAGACGGGAAAUACAAAAUCCGGAUGCAUCCAAAAGGGUGUCGCUGGUGGCAGGGGAGGCUUGGAAAUGAGGACAGUGAGGACGGAAAAGUUCCAGCACGAUUAUGGAAACGCCUGGCUAUUCCGCUUAUGCUCGAGUCGCAGGAUGAAGUAGAAGUGACUAUUAAAGAUGGGAAACUCGAAGCAGUUCUGUGA